AUGUCCACAAUGCCAUCCCCAACAUUCAAUUCGAAUCAUCCAACCAACGACCAUACCACCAUCACCACUGCUACAACGACGAACAGGACCACCAUCAUGUCUACUCCUAGUGGUUCCGUACAAGGAUUGGAUCAUCUGCCUCAUCAUCUAUUGUCUGAAAUGUACACCAACAUUGGCGUGAGUGUUGCUGAAUUAUCCAAAAAGCAUGUGGUUCUUCUCGUUUUUCUCCGAUAUUUCGGAUGUGUCUUUUGUCAGAGAAAUAUCGUUGAUAUUGUCAAUAGCCUUUCAAGUUUAAUCAAAUUCAAUUGUUUACCUGUAUUUGUUCAUCAGGAAAGUGAGGAAGAAGCGAAUGCAUUCUUUUCCGAAGAAGGAAUGCCUCAUCCUUUGAAAACAGCUGAUUAUGAAGAGGCUACUGAGGCUUCCUAUCAACAACGUUCAAGUGCUGGUUCCGUACAGGAAAAGGAAGAACAUCACAACAAUACUACUCCAUUGAAAGCCUCUCAUACUCGAGGCGAGUUGAUGAAAAAGUUUCUCCGAGUGGCUGAUCCCGAAGGAAACUAUUACUAUCAACAAUUUGGAGUAAAAACAAGUGCAGCGAGUGAUAUACCAGCCACUCUCAAGACAACCAUAGAGACCUUCCGAAUAGCAAUUACUCAGGGUUAUAAAAUUGGUUCCAAUAUUUCUGAGAGAGCCUCACGUACCCAACUCGCAGCAACUUUUGUGAUCGCUCAGGGUAAGAUUGUCAAUCAAUUUUUGAACGCGACGGCGUAUCAAGUCCCCGACGUGUUGGAAAUUUUGUUGGAUUUGGAAGGGAAAUCGAGUGAUAAUGUUUUUGACUUGAUGUCCUUAUCACAAGAGAGUGAUUCUGAAAUUUCAAAGAUUAGUAUUAAGGAAGGGGAGAAUGAUGGAUUUACGUCAUGUCAAGAAAUAUCUACUAAUAAUUCUCUCGUUUCAAAUAUUAAGGAAUUGGAAAUGAAUUUUCCAACGGCUAAGAAUAUUGUUGCAGAAUGGACGAACACCACUCAGUCAACCAAUGACUCGAAGAAGAACAAGAACAACAACAAGCGCUCGAGAAACAAAGAAUCAUCUUCAUGUUUGUGUUUUUCUCCAAGUAGAAAUUCAAACACAACUCUCACGAUGGAUCCAACUAAAUUAUUAACACUCGAACAAGUCUUAGUCAAUAACGAUUAUCGAAAGGUAUUCAAAUUAUUUGCUGCGAAAUUGUAUGCUGUGGAGAGUUUAUUGUUUUGGGAACAUGCCACACGUUAUCAAAAAACGCAAAAUGACAAAACACGAGUGAAAUUAGCGCGAAUGAUUCUGGACACGUAUUUAGAUUCAAAUUCUCCAUUAGAAAUUAAUACAUCAUCCACCAUGAAACAAUUAGUUCUGAAUCGAUAUGAAAAAGAAGGCAGUGUGAUUCAUUUGUUUGAUGAACUCAUUCGAAAUAUGGAAGCCGAUUCCAUUAUGGAUACUUAUUUAAGAUUUUUGGAGAGUGAUCUUUGUAAAGAAAAAAUUCUCAACAAAUUAUAG